GUGGCCGAGUGGUUAAGGCGAUGGACUAGAAAUCCAUUGGGGUCUCCCCGCGCAGGUUCGAAUCCUGCCGACUACGGGAAGGUCAGCUUUUGCUGGUACUUGCUUUCGUUUUGAUGAGUUCUCCCCAGCUUUUUCCGCAGAUUACUUAAGGGAUUUAUGAACGGUUGGAAUAGAACGGGGACCCUAAUUGGGCCGUAAAAGGAACGCACGAGGGAGCUACGGUGCCGUGUGAUUGUGAUUACAACCUGGGCCCAGGAGGGGGAGAUGGGCCAAAACACGCCAAUCUGGAACGGAAAGCAAACCGUCGCGAGGUCCUGCAGCAAGGGACAGCUCUGACCCCUGGCCACGGGGCUAGCCCAGCGUCACCAGAAGUCGCGGACCCACAGCGUCCUUUUGCUCGAGCGCGUUAGCCCCCGAAGCCUCGCGACGCCUGGGCCGCCUUGGGAAGACGAGCGCAUGCGCGGGCUCGGGCGCGCUCGGCGGGUCCCCGCGUUGCCCUGGAAACCACCCGGCGCUGCCGCGACGGGCACCGGGAAAGACGUAACGUUUCAAGAUGGCGAAGGAUCUGGACGAGCUCUUGGAUGAAGUCGAGUCCAAAUUUUGCCGACCAGACCCACCGAGACUGGGCAUGGUCGAGCGGCCCAGAGGCUGCGGCGGCGGCAUUCUCAGCAAUGACCGGAACCGAGCCGAGGCGAAAGAGACUCUCAGGUCUGCAAGUAAUAAAAUAAAUGACUGUGCAACAUCUGGAUGCCAGAAACAACUGCUAAUAUCAGCAGAAACAUUUGAGAAAGAAGAUGAUCUUGACAGUCUUAUUAAUGAAAUAUUUGAAGAACCCAACUUUGACAAAAAACCCUUUAAAUUAAAAUCUAAAUCUUCAGGUAACACAUCUGUCAGAGCGUCCAUUCAAGGCCUUGGUAAAAGUUGCAGCCCAGUGUACCUUGGUGGAACCGCUGCUCCAUGUGGAAUUGGAACAAAUACUUCACAGAGAGCAUGUGAUCAUCUGCGUUGUAUAGCGUGUGAUUUCUGGGUUGUAAGCUACGAUGACUACAUGUGGGACAAAUCAUGCGAUUAUCUGUUUUUCAGAAACAACAUGCCAGAAUUCCACAAAUUAAAAACAAAGUUGGUAAAGAAGAAAGGAACACGAGCAUAUGCCUGCCAGUGUAGCUGGAGAAGUAUUGAAGAUCUGACUGACCUUCAGACCGAUCAACAGCUUCGUUGGGUUUGUGGUAAACAUUAAGAAUGCAGACUUCAUAUUCAGACUAAUGCCUGCAAUGAGAGCAGUCUCCAGUAAUCAUCAACAUUUUUAGCGAAGAUACAAAGCAGUAUCAUGCCCUUUGGAAAAAGACAAGAAAUUUCAUUCAAUGACUAUAUAGUAUAGAUUUUCAAAUACCUAAUGGACUUGAGAAGAUAAUGUGCUUUAACAUUUUGGAACUAUUUCUUUUUGCUGCUUUCACUUAGGAAGGUAGCAAGUUAUCCAAAUUCUUUGCUAGCCACUCUCCUGUUAAAUGGAAGUUGAAUUAUGGAGUUUUAUACAAAUAUAUAGGCAUUCAUUAGCAACUGCAAAAUUAGUCACUGCUAAUACACAUAGCUAAAUACUCCUCACUUAUAGCAUUUAAAGAGGAUAAAACUAGCCAGUGCAGAGAGGUCCCUGAGAGUUGGUGGGGAGGAGGUGUAGGCAUCAUCUCCUUUGGUCAGAUUUGUUGUUGCCAAAGAUCAGAAUUUAGAUGUGGCAGAAACCAUGUGAUCAGUGGCUAACUGAAGGAUAUGGGGGGAGCACAGGUUCAUUGUAAAUGAAAAGACUGCCUCUAUUGACCUUACCUCAGUAACUCCAAAUGAUAUUACACACAGUAAUGAUAAGUAUAUAUUCUUAUUUUAGCUUAUUUCUUCUCCUUUUGUUCAUUUAGAUAAUCAAAGGGUAGUUUGCUAUUUUAGUAAAUAUUUAUAUAUAAAAUUUUUUUGAUGUACCUAUAAUCACAAGGAAAAAUCCUAAUACAGAUAAAUCAUUAUUGGAUUUUUUCCAAGUACUUCUCUAGCCUCCAGUGCCUAAAAUCCCAUCAAGUGAACAGCAACUGAGAUAUUUGCUCAGGCAGCCUGUUGAUUUUCUGGUGGGAUCAGGCUGACAUAUUGUUUGUCAGAUGAGAGCUUAAAAGAAGAAAUAAAUCAUAGUGGAACCAACAGGUAAUCUGUUGUGCUUCUCCUUGACAUCUCUGAGACUGGAGGAACCCUAUAAUAGCAGCACAUUCAGGAAAUCAGUUACCUCAAAAUUACCAGUUCCCAGCACCGUGAAGAAACUCUGGGGGCUUUCCAAUCUGCCAUAAGCACUUUAUUGCGUGUGUCUAAGACACAGUUCAAAUGUACGACACAAGGCAUGCUGAAAGGGAGUAACUGAAGCAGAGUUGUGAUUGCUUAGUCUUAUGCUGCUGAAUCCAUUCCAGUCACCUUACUCAAGUAAGAAGAAAGAUCGGCCAUUAAAAUCCUUUUCUUAGCCGUAACACAUGUGCUAGUAAGUCUAGCAUUGCAGCAAAACCCAUAGUGAACUCAACAGUGGCAGAUGCUUACAUUCUUAUAUUGACAAUGUUUACAGAUUUUAUCUUUGAAUAAACAUUUUUUACUCCCUAAAAUCUUAUCUCUGUGUAAUUGUAUGAGAAACAAGGGGAUUUGAUUGAGAUAUCAUUAGUCACAACAAGGAUGUUUUCUUUUUAUUCAAAUGAGCAAAUGUACUAAAUCAUUAAUUUGAAAAUAUUUUUUUCUCUUUUAUUAUUUCAUUACUGUCCUGUAUCUUGGAUACAUUGCUCAUGUUUGGCAUUCUGUAACAUAAUUCCCCAAUGUCGGAAAUGUACAUAUGAGUUCAUGUUUUUGUUGGCAAUUUACUUUAUAUAAGCUUUUUAAUAUUGCACAAUUUUUAAUCCAAAAUGUAGAAAGAAUAUUAUGUUGAAAUACCAGUGGAGGGUGCCAGGGUGGCUCAGUUGGUUGGGCAACUGCCUUCCGCUCGGGUCAUGAUCCCAGGGUCCUGGGAUCAAAUCC